AGAAAGAGAGAGAGAGAGAGAAAAUGGAAUUUCUCUAUUUCACAUGUCCUCACUUUCUUCAUUACAGAUUAAUAAACCUAUUAAUGAAUAUGGAACAACUCCUUUAAUGUUGGCCUGUUAUAAGGGCGCCGAUAGAAGAAUCAUCGAAAUAUUGAUAGCAGCAGGAGGAAAAGUGGGAGUAAAAGACCAAUGGGGUAAUACAGCUUUACAUAUGGCUGUGUUUGGUGAUCGACCUCAUUCUGUGGAGAUCUUACUAUCUCGGGGUUGUGACGUUAAUCCUCGAGAUGAAGAUGGUCGUACACCGCUGCACGUGGCCUGUUCGCGGGGACACUUGCACACUGUCGAGCUGUUGUUGGGUCACAAUGGCAUCGAUGCCAAUGUUGUGAACAACAAAGGUGACACACCACUGCAUAAGGCAGUUCGGAAGCGAAAAUAUAAAGUGGUGUGUGCGAUGCUGAAGCAGGGUUCAGUUCAGUUCGAUAUUCCGAACAUCAGAGAAUGACACCAUUGCUUGAAGCCGUUUCCCGGGGUCACCUGGGAAUUACACACCUGUUAAUAGCCCUGGGUGCAAGCAUAAAUGCUGUUGAUGGUGAAGGUAACAGCUGUUUGCACCUAGCCAUAGCAACAGAAAAGUUUAAUUCCGAGGGUGCACCCUUGGAUUUACUAAACGAAUGCUGCACUGCCCUUAACCUGAAAAAGAAGGAAAUGCUCUCUGGUGUAGUGGUUGCGAGAUAUCUCGCCAGUCAGGGAGCGGACUUUCACCAUAAAAACAACAACAAUAACACACCAUUGGACCUCAUUAAGGACCCAAAUUUGAGAAAAAAAUUAGAGCAUGUUUACCACCACAAUGUGUGUUUUGUGAAGACGAAGUGGCCACA